UUAGACAGAAAAUCACUGCGUAUUGUUCAUCGUACAGUUGUUCAUCGACAAGCUUUUCGUUUCUAACUGAGUACUCUUAAUUUUUAGUAUUCUCGAGUUUCCAGCUUCUUCUAUAACAAUUUCAUUUUAAUAUUAUUAAUAAUAAGACAAAAUGGGUAAGGACGAUCCAGAAACAGCAGCCUUGAAAAAGGAAUUGGAGGAUCUUAUCAACAAGUGCAAGGAGGAUCAAAAGAAACAACAGGACACUACUUUAGAAGAAGCUUGCGCUAGCGUGGCUGAUGCUCCAAAAGUCAAAUUAUCUACGAAGAAAUUACUUAAAGGGCACAUAAAUAAGGUGAACUCGGUGCAUUUCAGUGGAGACAGCAGACAUUGCGUCACAGGAUCGUUGGAUGGAAAAUUAAUUAUUUGGGAUUCCUGGACUGGAAACAAAGUACAAGUUAUACCAUUGCGAUCAGCUUGGGUGAUGUCGGUAGCUUUUGCACCAUCUGGUAAUUUCGUUGCUUGCGGUGGAAUGGAUAACAUGUGUACCGUUUACGACGUUAACAAUCGUGAUUCUACCGGUUCUGCUAAAAUUGUUCGAGAGUUGCUCGGUUACGAAGGAUUUCUCUCGUCCUGUAGAUUUUUAGAAGAUAAAAGAAUUAUUACUGGUUCUGGCGAUAUGAAAAUUUGUAUAUGGGAUCUCGAAGCAAAUAAAAAAACAACAGAUUUUUGUGCACACGCAGGAGACGUUGUUAGCAUAAGUCUUUCACCAGAUGGUAACACUUAUGUAACUGGUUCAGUCGACAGGACUUGCAAACUUUGGGAUUUGCGAGAGGAGACUGCUAAACAAACGUUCUUUGGACACGAAGCUGAUGUUAAUUCCGUUUGCUAUCAUCCUUCGGGAAAUGGUUUCGUAACAGCAUCAGAAGAUAAAACUGCUAGACUGUGGGACUUCAGAUCCGAUCAACAAUUAGCAACAUUCAAACCACCAAAUUCAAAUCCAGGAUUUACAUCAUGCGGAUUAUCGCUCAGUGGUAGAUUCAUAUUUUGUGGAAGCGACGAUAAUUCUAUUCACAUAUGGGAUACCUUGAAGAAUCAACAUAAUGGUGUUCUAUCAGGUCAUGAUAAUAGAGUAACAUCGCUCAGUGUUACUAACAACGGUAUGGCAGUGGCCAGUUGCUCUUGGGAUCAAAAUGUUCGAAUUUGGGUAUAAAAAUUAAUUGAGAGAUAAAUAGUUAUUGCCAGUGCUUACAACGAAAAAAAGAAAUAAGAUCAUAAAUACGAAAAAAAAACAAA